GAUGUCGCUAGGAUGCUUGAGAUCUACAAGAAGAAAGGCCUCAUUCCUCAUGAAAAGAAAACGUUUUUCGGCCAAACAGUUGCAGACUUCUGGGGGGCCACGGUGGACGGGGAAACUGGCUCGGUCCGAGCUAGCUUGAGUCGGGUCAUUCCCAUCGCCGCCGCCACCGAGCUGGUCCUCAGGAUCGGAGUUUGCAGUGCUGGACUGCUUGAGAUCCUAGUGGGAUGUUGGACUGCCACUUUCUUGUUUAGGCGCCGGCUUCUGUGCUUGCUUGGGGUCGUCUAUGAGCCUUUGCAAAGGGGUUUGACGAGAAAAAGCGUUUUCAAGCUCAGCCCCCAGCUCAAGGAGGAACUCAUUCUUUGCAUUACGUUGGCGCCUCUCGCAGCCACUGAUCUGCGAGCUAAGAAUAGCGAAUAUGUGUACUGCAGUGAUGCUUCCGACACCGGGCUCGGGAUCACAAGGGCCCCUUUGCCGCCUUCGUUGCAGAGUGAAGUGCACCGACAUAGAAUGCGAAAGGGAGCUUGGGUCAAGCUACUCAGCCCAUUGAGGAAGUUGCAGCGGAUUAAAGGACUGCUGCCUCCUGCCGAAGAGCUCCCGAUGGGGCAAGUCUUGCCCAGUCAUCCUUUGUGGAUGGUGCUCGGUGGGGCGCUGCAGUAUACUGAGGUCUGGAAGCAACGGGUCGCUUUAGGCUGCUGGGUCAAAGGCAGGGCCUCUUCUUUCAGCUUGAAUCAGGAGCUUCAGCAGAGCUUGGCAGUGCAUCUUGGGUGCAAUGUACAAUCCAAUGCUGGAUUCUUACCGACAGAGUUCAAUUCUUCCGACGGGCCUUCCCGUGGAAGAGCCGUGGACUCACCAACACUUCCUCUCCCUUCCUGGUGGGAAGAGCUCCCAUGCUUGGACGCUUUCGACUCGUGGCUUCAGGAGUACGGUACUGACCCCUACACGCUGUCAGGACUGCCGCCGUUCGACGAGCUCUACGAGGAGGUCAGACCCGAACCCUCCGCGAAGCAACUUGGAAGAACUUUGCUCAGCGGGUCAGCUCAAGAGUUGCUUGGAGCUGUGCCCAGCUGGCGGUACGUGCUCCCUCGCGACUGGACAGUUGGAGAGCGUUGGGUUCCAGACUUUGCCGGUUGUCUCGACUUGUUUUCUGGACAAAAGGGCGCUGCAAAAGCUCUGGCAAUGCAGGCGCGCACAUGGGUGCUCGCAUUCGACAUAGAGGAGGGGUCCGAACAGGACCUCCGAGAUGUCCGUGUGCAGGAGUUUGUUUUCAGUUUAGUCAACACCGGAGCUGCGGUAGGUUUGGGAUUUUCCCCGCCUAGUUCGAGUUUCUCAAGAGCAGUGAGACCUCCGUGGCGAAGCGCUGCCCAGCCUGAAGGUUUGAGCGGCCUUUCUGGGACAGCCGGCGCACGCGUCGCGGAAGGGAACCUACAAGCUGAGUUCAUCGGGAAGACUGUCAAAUUGUGUCUGACGCUCAACAUACAUUUUUGGGUGGAGAGCCCCUACGAUUCUUUCCUCUGGGACCACCCCGCCUUGUCGAAUCUGAACCCGAAGAGCCCUGAAUCUUGCUUCGCAGUGGACAUGUGUCGAUUCAACGCUCCAUUCCGGAAAAGAACUAGGAUCUUCACCAACCUGCACUUGAGGGGCAUUCGGAUGUUCUGUCAGGGCGGACACAAUCACCGUCGACUUCAAGGUCACGCGCCUGGUCGUCACUGCUGCUGGACUAAGGUUGCCCAGACGUUUCCUAGACGACUGUCCUGGUGGCUUGGCUACGCCAUGGCAGUUGAUGCAGGCUUCCUGGGACAGCGGCGGCAGCUGAAUGCAGCCGCGAUGGCCCGACAGACGCACCGGCGGAUCGGCGAGGCCAAAAACCCAGGUCCACGACGCGCUCGUGACCUCAAGUACAGAGACAGGAUCCGCUUAGAAGACGUCUGCCUCGUGGAGCCUGCCACAGAGAAACUUGGCCUGCGUGUGUUCGCCUUGUUCCAGGCUUGGUGUCUGCAGGAGUUGUCUGCCAACGCCUGGGAAUCGUUGUGCCAGUGCGACCUGACCCUAGCUGAGUUGGUUUGCGGCUUUGGCCACCAUCUGUACUACGCCAAGCAGUCACUUUACAGUUUCAGGCAAUUGGUCGCUUACUUGCAGCGCGACAACCCUAGACGUAGGGCUAGUUUCGGGCGCGUCUGGCAGCUGAUCAGCAAGUGGGAACAGCUGGAACCGAUCGAGCAUCGAAGUCCGAUGCCGGUUGGAGUCCUCAGGGCGAUGAUUGCCGUCGCUAUUUGUUGGCGGUGGUAUAGGUGGGCAGGAGUCACCCUGCUCGCUUUCUUUGGCAUUUGUCGACCGGGUGAAGUCUUGCAGGCAGCUCGAGACGAUCUGCUCUUACCAGAGGACUUGAUUGCAGAGGCUCCGGAGGCCAUCUACCUGAAAGUGCGUGCUCCGAAAUCCAGACGACGCGGCCUCGGUAGAAGCCAGCACGCGAAGAUUGUGGAUCCUCAGGUCGUGCGAUUCUGUGCAUCGGUGUUUGGCUCAUUGAAGCGCGGGGUGCCACUGUUUCAUGCCAGUCCAUCAGCAUAUCGCCGUCGUUGGGAUGUUCUGCUUGAGGCGUUGCGAGUACCAGCCGUCAUUCGCCUCACGCCCGCAUCGCUUCGUGCAGGCGGAGCAGUUUUCGCUUACCGCUCCAACGUUGAGAUCCACACGCUUCUCUGGCGCAUGAGACUCGUGAAUCUGGAAACUUUACAGCACUACUUACAGGAAGUGGGUGCUGAUAGCAUCAUACUGAGGCUCCCGACAGAAUCGCGGCGAGCGAUUACUGCAGCAAGCAAUUUGUACGAUGCCCUUUUGACAGGCUCUAGUCCGUGA